AUGAGUGCAAUCAUAAUAUGAUAGGAUAUGUCAAGACAAUGUUGGGCUAUUCUUUCAGCCAAUGAAUGCCAGAAUCGUUGAUUCUGGUGUGAAACCCAAGCCUCAAACUCAAAUACAGUGGAUCGAGGAUCGAGUCGUGGGGUGGCAUCCUCUCUCUCCGUCCUCACUUUCCUGAGAAAGCAACUCCUUCCUUAUAGUCGGUGGAGAUGAGAAGAAUAACGGGAAAGGCAAGGGAUGAAAUUUUGAUCGAAAUGAAGAGCGCAAUGGACUCCCAGAUUGGAGAGGAAUGUAAUGUCCACAGUCUUAAUAACUUUAUAGAGGACGGAGGUACACAGCUACCUGGACACACAGAGACUGACAGACUACAGCAGAACAAAGACACCGUGUUCUUCAGGGACGGGGUUCGCAGGAUUGACUUCAUACUGUCCUACCUAGAUGACAAGGAUGGAGAGAAGAAGCAGGAGAGGAGGAGGGAGUUUGAGGCCAACCUUAAGAAGGCUGGACUGGAGCUUGAGACUGAGGACAAAUUGGACUCGGAUGAUCUGAAAACGUACUUCCUGAAGAUCCACGCCCCGUGGGAGGUGUUGGCCACCUACGCUGACGUGCUGAAGAUCAAGGUUCCCUUUAAGGAAAGCGACAUCCCCCACGGACAGGACGUUCCACUGGAGUGGCUCUCCCGACCGUUCCGCCUGCCAGAGAAGGUGAUGCGCCCACAGCCUGACUACUUCACCUCUCCAUUUGAUAAGGACAAGAUAGACUUCUUCCUCAUCAAAAACCAAGACACCUUCUUCCCCCCCUCUACACGCAACAGAAUAGUGUACUACAUCCUGUCUCGCUGUCCGUACUAUAAAGAGGACCGCAAGGAGACAGACAAGAAAGGUAUCAAGCGGUUACUGAACAACGGGACCUACACCUCAGCCUUCCCACUUCAUGAUUGUCGAUACUGGGAGAGGAACACAAAUGAGCAGUGUGAGAGCGAACGCUACCACCUCUAUAAGAAUUGGGCUAGGUUCCUCUGUUUCUACAAGGAGCAGCCCCUCAACCUCAUCAGGAAGUAUUAUGGGGAGAAGAUUGGGAUCUACUUUGCCUGGCUGGGCUUCUACACAGAGAUGUUGUUCUUUGCUGCGGUCAUGGGGGUCAUAUGUUUUAUCUAUGGUGUGCUAAGCUACGAUGACAAUUUAACAAGUAAGGAGAUCUGUGACCCCAGCAUUGGAGGGAGUAUUGUGAUGUGUCCGCUGUGUGAUAAGAAGUGUAGUUACUGGAAGCUCAACUCCACGUGUCUCUCAUCCUGGCAAUCCCAUCUGUUUGAUAACGAGGGGACCGUGUUCUUUGCCAUGUUUAUGGGGAUCUGGGUGACUCUGUUCCUGGAGUUCUGGAAGCGGCGCCAGGCCCAGUUGGAGUAUGAAUGGGACCUGGUGGAUUUCGAGGAGGAGCAGCAGCAGCUCCAGAUCCGUCCGGAGUUUGAGACGAGGUGCACUGACCAGAGACUCAACCGGAUCACCCAGGAAAUGGAGCCAUACCUACCCCUCCCCAAAAAGUGUGGUCGCUUUUGCCUCUCCGGGGUUACUGUUCUGUUUUGGAUGCUUCUGAUUGUGGCCUGUAUCACUGGGGUGAUAGUCUACAGGCUGGCUGUGUAUGCGGCCUUCGCCAGCAUCAUGAAGGACAGCCCCACUAAGAAGAUCCAUCUGGUGGGCUCUCUCAUCACCCCGCAGCUCGCUACCUCUGUCACCGCCUCCUUUAUCAACUUUGUCAUCAUUAUGAUCCUUAACUUCUUCUAUGAGCGAGUGGCCAUUUGGAUCACAGAUAUGGAAAUUCCCAAGACACAUCUGGAGUAUGAAAACAAGUUGACAAUGAAGAUGUUCCUCUUCCAGUUUGUCAACUACUAUUCUUCGUGUUUCUACGUGGCCUUCUUCAAGGGCAAGUUUGUGGGUUACCCAGGCAAAUACACGUACAUGUUUGGCAAAUACAGCAGGCUGAGGAACGAGGAGUGUGACCCAGGAGGCUGUCUGAUUGAGCUGACCACCCAGCUGGUGAUUGUCAUGACAGGGAAGCAGGUGUGUGGGAACAUCCAGGAGGCUCUACUGCCGCUGCUGAGGAACUGGUGGUGCAGCAGGAAGGCCCGGAAAGACCAGUACAGCCGCUGGGAGCAGGACCACGACCUGCAGAACUUCAGCCAGCUGGGCCUGUUCUAUGAGUACCUGGAGAUGGUAAUCCAGUUUGGCUUCAUCACUCUGUUUGUGGCCUCUUUCCCCCUGGCCCCCCUGCUGGCCCUCUGUAACAACAUCCUGGAGGUCAGAGUGGACUCCUGGAAGUUCACCACCCAGUUCCGCCGGCCUGUGGCGGCCAAGGCCCACAACAUCGGAGCAUGGCAGGAGAUCCUCAAUGUGGUAGCCAUCUUGUCCGUUGUCACCAAUGCAUUCAUCAUGGCCUUUACUUCAGACAUGAUCCCCCGCCUGGUCUACCUGUAUACCUACCACCCUGGCUCUGAAGCCACCAUGAGUGGCUACAUCAACAACAGCCUGUCAGUGUAUGACAUCUCCCAGAUCCCUCUCCUCAGUACGCCCGAGGAGGGGGCGAUUCCUGCCUGGUUCAACAGCUCCUUCAUCACCACCUGCAGGUACCGUGACUACCGCUACCCUCCAGGCCACCAGAGGCAGUACUCCCACACUAUGCAAUUCUGGCACAUCCUGGCAGCCAAACUGGCCUUCAUCAUUAUCAUGGAGCACGUGGUGUUUGUGGUGAAGUUCUUUGUGGCCUGGCUGAUCCCGGAUGUGCCAUCCGAGGUGAAGGCUCGGAUCAAACGGGAACGUUACCUCAUCCAGGAAUACCUGCACAACUACGAGGUUGAGAAGCUCAAGAUCCAGCUGAGUCAGAGUUUUAUCACUGAACCCAAACCUGAGGUCUGCACUGCCACCGACAAACAUGACGUGUUAUCUGAGUAGGCCCCCCAAUCAGUAACUCUCACCCACCUGGCUAACCUAACUGGGAGGGUGUUGCUGUGAAGUCUCCUCCACUGAUAGAAAACAGAAGUACAGUAAAGGGCUUCUGUCAGUGGGGCAAUCCUAUCAAUUGUUUCUCUUUGUUUUGUUUGUUAAUUUUCAAAUGAGCAGCUAGCAGAUUUCAACCUUUUCGCCUAUAUUAGGACUGUCAUUGGAGGCAGGGAUGGAUUAAUUUGAUCGAUGACCACAUCUCGUCACCUUUUCUCAGCGUCCAAUGCUGCUUCAUAUCUUCAGUGCAAUGAUGUUUCUUGCAAGUGAUUCAGUCACUCAGUGCCAGUGUUGAUCGUGAUAGGAUAUUAUGGAAUCCUACAAAAGUAUGUGCCAACUUGUUAAGUGUUCAGUUAAAUGCUAUUGGGAUUCAUGAUAUUGUACCAGACAAUAUACAGCUUCUUGAAAAAAUGUAAUCUAAUGCUCACCUUAUCUACAAUGUCAUAAUAUGUUACUAACAAAUGUCCAGCAAAGACUGCCAAAGAUAUCCCAUGGCUUUUAUCAGCAGCUAUCUAAUAAAUUACCUUUAAAGAAAUAUGCAUGUUUGAUAGAAUGUAACAUAUAAAAAUCUAAUUUAUUUGCCUUCAAAUGUUGGCAUGUUAUCUGCUUCAAUUUGGCUGUAGCUGGGCUACAUUAAAUGUGAUGUGUUUUCCUUGCGUUACUGUCAUGUAUUUGAGAUAUUUUCAUGGGAGUCAAUGUAAAAACUGUAAAUUAAAGGCCCAAUGCAGUCGUUUGUAAAUCAAUAUCAAAUCAUUUCUGGGUAACAAUUACCGUAAAAAUUGGCAAAAAUUGCUUUAUAGCUAAACUAUUUUUUCAAGCAAGAAUUUUGCUAGGACUGUCUGGGAGUAGUCUGAGUGGGGAGGGGGAAACUCAAAACUAGCUGUUAUUGGCAGAGAGGUUUGGAACUUUCUUUGUAUCUGGUCUAUCAACCAAUUUACUACAUGGUGAUGUCACCAUGGAAAGCUGAAACUCCCAUCCAUGCAAACCUGAUGAUUAGGAGGUCCUGUGUAUAUUGUAUGUUCAACCAGCAAAUAUCAGGAAAUAACUGAUCACAUUUUUUCACACUUUUAGAGUGUUUUUUUCAUCAGCUGUUGUACAAUUGCGAUAUAAAACACAGGAAAAACAGCAUUUUGACUGCAGUGGCCCUUUUAAAAACGGUUUCUCUCAGCUGGUUAAUGCUAGAUAGAUAGAGCUACUGUAAUGGUCCAAGAGGGUAAUACACCCCAACGUCUACUGUAUAUACACUACCGUUCAAAAGUUUGGGGUCACUUAGAAAUGUCCUUGUUUUUUAAAGAAAAUCUAAU